AAUUGAGACAGCUCACUGUCAAAGUCAAUGACAAUUCGGGGCAUUUCGGACUCUGUCGGCUGCACAGCUAGGACGGUAAAUCGGAAUAAGAUCAUCGACAGGUUGAUAAACUCCGUAAUUGUCAGCCCUUGACAGUGACCUUUGACCUACCAUCGUCUCACCAUGACACCGCAGGCCACGCUGUUCGCUGGCCUUGUCCUGCCGCGGAUCCUAGCGCUCCUGACCCUGUUCGCAAUUUUAGCUGAUGCCGGGCAGCCUUUCAAUGGGGAAGAGAAGACGGCGAUUGUCGAUAGGCACAACGAGAUCCGAAGGGAGCCGGGGGCCAGCGAUAUGAAUUACAUCGACUGGGACGACGCCCUCGCCAGCCAGGCUCAAUCGCUCGCCGACUCCUGCAAGUUCGAGCACGUCAACGAAGGCCUGGUCGUUGGCGAGUUCAACACGGUGGGAGAAAAUAUCUUUGCCGAGGGCGGCGAGAGCGGCGACACCAAGACGGGGGUGGACGCCGUGAAUAAGUGGUACGAGGAGAAGGCGGGCUAUACCUGGGCCGAUAACUCCUGCGAUGGAGAAUGCGGCCAUUACACACAAGUUACUUGGGCUGAGAGUAGGAGGGUAGGAUGUGGUCGAAAUUACUGCCCAGACCUACAGGGUGCUUUCCCCAAUGCAUGGUACAUCGUCUGCAAUUACGGACCAGCAGGUAACGUGGAAGGUGAAAAACCAUGGAAGAUGGGGGAUCCCUGCACAGAAUGUGAUUCGGGAAGCGGACAGUGUUUCGAUGGACUGUGUCGCCCUUGCAGUGAGCACCCCGAGGAAUGCGAUUGCAGGAUGGUGUGUGAAAACUGCGCCAAUUUGAACACCGAGUGCAAAUGCGAAUGCCCAAACGGGUUCAGGGGAGUUAAUUGUGCAGAAAUUUGUGAGGACGUGGAUCCAACUUGUGGGGCAAACCCUGGCUGGCCUGAUGCCGAUUCUUGUUCUCUCGGCGAUUUCGUGCCCCUCGGGUGCCCCCUUAUGUGCGGUGUAUGCAAUGCCCAAGAUCCCGACUUCGUUUGUGAUGGAAGUACUCAAACGGGAACGGGCACAGGCACCGGAACAGGAACGGAUACUGACACGGACUCCGACACGGGCAAGGAAAGGGGCGGCGGUGGCCGUCAGCCUUCUGGAGGCCAGGGAGGAGGAGAAGGAGAAGUCACGGGGGACAUCUGUACUCAGACUUUCACCGCCGCCACCUAUGUCGACGAUGAGCUUUUCCUUUUCCACGGUGGAAAGUUGUGGAAGGUAUCGUCUUCUGGCGAGCUCCUGUCACCGGCUGAGGGAGAAAACGCUCAAGACAGCUUCAUUAAACUACCCAAUGACAUAUCAGCUGUCUACCAACGAAAAGAUGGCAACGUGGUUUUCUUAAGAGAUCAAAAGAUGUUUAUUUUCCAAGAUAAUAAGCGCGUUGAAGGUCACCCCAUUAAGAUAGUAGACUGGGGCGUGGAGAAAGAUGUAGCAGGGGCAGCCCAUGACAGACGACAAGAUAAGACGUACUUCUUUAAAGGCCCACAAGUUUGGCGGUAUAAUGAGAAAUCAAAACGAAUAGACAACGGAUACCCGAAGAGCAUCUCGACGGAAUAUGAUUCAAAGGUCAACAAACCGAACUUUGUUUUCUCGGAUAAUGAAGGGAAUUUCUUUUUCGUAAAGCUCCAGAAAGUGUUCCGCAUCAGUGCCGGAGGAAAUGAAGUGGACACUGGGUAUCCGAAACCAUUUGCUCCCGAAUUCUUCUCUGACUGCUAGAAAUGGGUAUCCAAUACCAUUAUCAUUAUGUAUCCGCAAAUGAAAGAGAUACAUGUUAUCAGUAACCGGAUGGUCGAUGAUAUUAAACGAGGGUUAUUUAGAAUUUGUGAAUUUUACCUCGUUUUUUCGUGCCACGUACGUUGAUGCUUCAUCUAAGCCUAUUUGCUUUGAGUAUGUCAGGUUAAUUUUAAAAUAGUCUAACUCUGUGAUUAUGAUAUGCUUACCUUCUACCUUUCACUUUCAUGACUAUGCCUUAAUACAAAUAGAUAAUCAAUCUUAUAAUAAGCUUCAUUUUGACAAAAUAAGCAUUAGAGGUAUUAUGUUACAGUCGGGUGAGCUUUCCAAAAGGUUCAUUUCUUGGUGACAGUUUCCCCUAAAUUUUGCUGCAUAGUUGAUUUCAUUGCAAAGUAUGCUUUCUCACACAAUAUGCUCAAUUUGUAUCGUAGAUUGGUUAGUUGUGAGGCAGAACAGGGCAAGCAUAACCUUGAAUUUCAAAUGAAACCAUAGCAGUGAUACGUAAAUCAGUUUUUAAAUAUGUGUUUACCUUUUAAAGAUGGUGCCAGGCAUUGUACAUUAGAUUUCUGACUGUAAUAUAAAGGGUCUUUAUGGAUAUAGUUUAAAAUGUUACGGAUCGAAUUUUAG